AUGUCGCAGGAAGCACUCGUCAGAUCUUGGGGAUACUCCCAUGUUUUCACCUGGACCGAUGGACCUAACGAAUACUACCCGCCCCACCGCCACGCCACCGAGACUACGCAUUUGAUCAUGCAUGGGUCUUUAACCAUUCGAUAUCCUCAGAGUGAGAACCCCGGGGAAAAGACAACUCAUAGUGUCGGCGAGAGAGUCGAUGUGGGGAAGAAUGUGCUACAUGAGGUUUGGAUGGGUGAUGAUGGGUGUACUUGUAAGCCUAUGCAUAGUGAUCAUGAUCUGAAGUUUUCGAACUCAACAGAUCUGUUGAGAACAUUAGAAUUCGGAUGA